AUGGAGACCCUAUUUGUUUAUGUGAUGGUCGUGAUCAUGGCAGUAAAAGCCCAGAAGAUCCAAAUAUGUCCCAAACGUUGCAUUUGUCAAGUGCUGCCUCCCAACUUAGCCACUUUAUGUGACAAAAAGGGGCUGCUUUUUGUUCCCCCGGACAUUGACAGACACACAGUAGAACUGCGACUUGGUGACAAUUUUAUCACAACUGUCAAACGAAAGGACUUUGCCAACAUGACCAAGCUUGUAGACUUGACACUAUCCAGGAACACAAUAGGCUCUAUAACACCCCAUGCUUUCAAUGAUCUGGAGAACCUACGUGCCCUGCACUUGGACAGCAACCGUCUGACACGAAUCACAAACGACACCUUUAGUGGCAUGUCCAAGCUCCAUCAUCUCAUUCUGAACAACAAUCAGCUCAUGUAUAUUCACAUAGGAGCCUUUAACGACCUUCUGGCCCUUGAAGAGCUUGAUCUCUCUUACAACAAUCUAGAGAGUGCCCCAUGGGUGGCCAUCCAGCACAUGACUAGCCUGCACACUUUAAGUCUGGACCACAACAUGAUAGACUACAUACCCGAAGGAACAUUUUCAGGCCUCAUGAAACUCAAACGUCUGGAUGUCACUUCCAACAAGCUUCAGAAGCUUCCACCUGAUCCAGUCUUCCAGCGUGCAGGUGUUUUAGCCACAUCGGGUAUUUUGGGUCCGUCAUCAUUUGCGUUGAGCUUUGGGGGGAACCCAUUACGCUGCAACUGUGAGUUGCUGUGGUUGAGGAGACUACGGCGUGAGGAUGACCUGGAGACUUGCGCUGCUCCACAGCACCUCUCAGGACGCUACUUCUGGACGGUUUCUGAAGAGGAGUUCCUAUGCGAGCCUCCACUCAUCACACGUCAUUCCCAGGAGACCCGGGCAUUAGAAGGCCAACAUGUUACUCUGCGCUGUAAAGCAAGGGGUGAUCCAGAUCCUGUUAUUCACUGGAUUGCCCCUGAUGGUAGACUGGUGUCCAACUCAACCCGAACAGUAGUGCACACUGACGGGACACUAGAUAUCGUCAUCAGCACAGUGAAAGAUUCUGGAUCGUUCACAUGUGUGGCAUCCAACCCUUCUGGAGAAGCGCAGCAGACUGUUCAGCUAUUUAUCAUCAAACUGCCACAUUUCACUAAUGACACAAGCUUAGUACAGGAACCAGAUCCUGGCUCAUCAGAUAUUGCUACGUCCACCAAAUCAGGUGGAGAUGGUAGCACUGCCAUUAGCAACACCAAAGCUGGGCAGGAAAAACGGGUGCUGAUUUCUGAAAUUACAUCCUCCUCUGCUCUGGUGAAAUUUAACUUACAACGGAAUAUACCAGGGAUCCGGAUGUUCCAGAUACAAUACAAUGGCACUUAUGAUGACUCACUAGUCUACAGAAUGAUCCCUCCAACCAGUAAAAACAUCCUGGUGAACAACCUGGCAGCUGGGACAUCGUAUGACCUCUGUGUGCUUGCAAUUUAUGAUGAUGCAAUGACCACUCUCACAGCUACCCGCGUGGUGGGGUGUGUUCACUUUGCAACAGAGCCCCAGUACCUCCGGUGCCACUUCAUGCAAUCACAGUUCCUUGGAGGUACCAUUGUCGUCAUCAUUGGAGGUAUCAUUGUUGCCUCAGUCUUGUCUUUCAUCAUCUUCCUUAUUGUACGUUAUCGAGUGUGCAACCAGGAUGGCGAGGACAAGGGAGUGGAGCUGGGAGAAAUUCGUUCUCAGUCCAGGAGCGAGCAGCUUCAGGUCUGUGGAAUCAUCAAGACCAUGUCCAAGCAGGUUCUGGGUGUAGAGAUGGAUGCAUGUCGGAAGGUUUCCCCACAACUGGAGUCAGUGCCCACGUUAGGAACUACGUCUGGGCCUCGACCCUCUAAACCUGCCCUUCCCGACUGUACUGUUACUACCUCUGCCGCCAGUCACAGCUGGCAUCCUGCCUCCCCCAACACCCAGCGCCCCAUGCAUGCUGCCUCACACAAACCUGCAGGCCCUCAAAAGCCAGACACAGAGAUCAGUGUGGAGCUUGACAACACCAACAAAAACAAUUCAGCCAAGGCACGUCCCAAAUCUGCCCAAAUACGAGCCUACUCCACCACAGUGAUGCCAGUGUCCAGAAGGGUACAGCUCGAGUCCUCACGCUACAUGACUGUUCCAGUGGGGUGUAUGAGAGUGAGCCGUAGACACUCUUUAAACGUAGACUCCUGUAAGCAGACCGGCUAUGGGAGUCUCCUGCAGCAGACUGGCAGCCUCCGCUCCAAACGCAGUCUGUCCAUGAGUGGUGGAGAUCUUCCCCAGCUGGACGUUUCAGCCAAAAUCCAUGGAAAAGACUCCCUGUCCAGGUCAGAAUGGGUUCUAGAAAGCACACUUUAA